GGGUUUUUUGACGUCAUGGAGCAUCUAGCUGUCCACCUCCCAUAUGAGGCAUUGCUUCGUGAACCUGUACAUUACGGAUGGAUGUAUCAGUAUGAGCGAGCCAUGAAAUAUUUGAAGGGAAAAGCAAAGAACCUUGCAAAGGUUGAAGGUUCUAUAAUUGCUGGAAGUUUGACGGAACAAACUUCUCACUUCACAUCGUACUACUUUGCGUCAAAGGUACGUACUCGGAAAAGAGCUCCAAGGAGAUAUGAUGAUGGUGGUGUCGCGCCAAUAUACGCAGUUGCUGGUGUUCCAGACAUCUUUAGCCAGAUUGGACGACUGGGUGGAAAAUCAAAAGAGGUUUGGUGGUCGAGUGAAGAAGACGCUCAUAGUGCACACACCUAUAUUCUACUAAAUUGUGAGGAUCCAUUGAUUCGUUAUUUUGAAAGGUACAACAAAUUCGAGCCUUUCAUCUUAGCUUCACAAGCAGAUCAAGUUAGCUACCUUCCAUACCCUCGGAUGAGAGAAUCGGGAAUAAAUUGGUUAUCCGUGAUCAAAGUUACACCUCGAGGACGAAUCAUUAGUGGAGAAGAACCACCAUUGCAAGAAGAACAGAUAAAUGAAGCCGAGGAACCUGAACAACAAAUUGAUGACAUUCUUCUCAUUGAUCCGCAUAAUCAUGAGUACGAAGAUCUUACCGACGAAGGUACAGACGAAGCUGUUGAAGACGAGUUUAAUGAAAAUGAUGAUGUUUCUAGUGAUGACGAAAAUGUAUAUGAUUGAUGUAUUUGUCUUUUAAUAUGAUUGAUUUUCAGACUUAA